AUGGGCAAAACUCAUGAAGCUGUAUACUUUUGGUUUAAGGGGAGCAUUCCCUGGCCCGGUAUAAAAUCAGAUUCAUUUAUUCCCCGGGGUAAUGAAAAGGGGAUUCUCCCCCUCUCACUACAGGGGCCCCCGGGAGACCUGAAAACCCCUAAGAUUCUGAGGCUUCAUUAUGAAACCCAGUCCCAACCCGGGCCCUUCCUCGAGGUUGCACAAAUGGGCCCCCCCAGAGUAUGCCCACCCUUGAAAUCUCCCAAGGGAAGAGGCCCCCCCGUGGAUGGGGGUGGGGAGCUGGAGCUGUCACCGUUGAAACCCCCCCCGGAGCCCUUCCUGACGGCUCCAAGACCCCCCCUUAAAAAGAGUCUUUUGGCCGACUCAAAAUUCCCCUUUUCCCGGGCAAAAAGGAGAAACCCCCAGCCUUUGCUUCAGGGGCAAAUUUUGCCUAGCAGCGGGGGCCCCCUUUGGGCAAGAGUUGGCUCCAUGCCUAACCCUGGGGCCCUGGAAGCAAACCCCAUAAAGGGCUGCAGGGCGCGCGUGCAGCAUCCUCAACCCCCGGGCCCCCCGUCCCCCGGGGCAAAAAACGGACCCACGCAGGGCAAAAAACGGGGGAGGCUCUCCCGGGCCCAAAGGAAUAAACCAGGGUGGGUCACCAUCCCCCCUCACGGGCCCUGGUGCACCAAAGCCCCCUUUGGUCUCAUCCCUCCGGGUGACCCCCCCAGUAUACCCCUAUCUGCGAAUACACUUAUACCAAGGAGUCGUCGUGCCUUCAGAGCACUGUUCAGGCCCGGGUCUCCAACCGUAAGUGAGCCGGAUCACCAGUCUCCAAAAAGCCAUUUUAGUCCUCUUAUCAAAUCCAACAGACCAUAUACCCUUUUGAGUGAGCCCAAUAACCCCUAG